CAAUAUGUUUGGAUACCUGUUUGUAUUUCAAUUCAUAGGAGUUGUGUACAGUAAAACCUGCUAUUACAGUUCGUACUAUUCAAGUCUAAGAAGUAAAUACUGUAUCUUUGGCUGUUGUUCGAGUUAUUCAUCAAGUCCCUGUUGUUCCUCAUCUUAUUCAUCAUAUGACUACGACAUAAGCUACUCUGUAUCCAGGACUAUAUCAACAGCAGAGACCGUAGGGAUAGUUAUUGGCAGUCUCAUAGCUUUGUCUAUUUUUAUUUCAAUCGUCUCCUGUAUCUGCAGAAGUAUGAGAGCACAGCGAGGCGUGCAGGGCCAGGUACUAUCUCAACCACCAGUGGCAUACAUAACAACUUCAGGAAGUAACGCCCCCUCAACAUACCCUCAAACUGCUUUUCCGCCAACUUUUGGAAGUAAUGGGAAUACUAUGGGUAGCACUGAACAACUAAAUGUUAUUCCACCAAAUAAUGGAAACACAGUUUAUCCUCCAAGUACAGGAAACUCAGCUUAUCCACCAAGCUACGACAACCUUGCUCAUGACAACAUGAAAGGAAGCGAAAGUUCUAUAAACGCAUGUACAUAGUUGAUAAACGUUAUUAACGACAAACACAAAUGUAAAACAUCAUUUUUUACUAAUUUUUUAUCCAUGUUAAUCAAUUUUUGAAUUUUAAAUAUUAUAUUAUUGCAUGCA